UUCCCGAGACUGUGGCGUAGGUGGGUGUAUCCGUUUGUGGAGUGGUGUUGCUAGCACCUCCCCUCGCCGCCCUGUUGCAGCAGGCUAGGGCACGGAGGCAGCGGCGCCGGACCCCAGUCCAGUGGAGUCCAGUCCCGGCUCCGGCUCCGGCUCCAGUCCAGUCCGGUUCCGGCUCCGGCUCCGGUCCUCCCGUUCUCGCGCUGCCUCAUUGCUCAGCGAGCUCAGUGGUCAAAGAUGGCGGGGAGCGAGGCUCCGGCACCGUUAUUGCUGUGGAUGCUAGUCUUGGUGUCGGGGGCUUUGGCUAGUCCUGUUGCAGUUGAUCAGAAAAUAUCUGCAAUCUUGGGGAAAAAUGUCACCUUAAAGUGUUUUGUAACUGUGAAGGAAAAUGUAACGCAGAUCUCCUGGGAGAAGCAAGAACGUGGAACUACAGACACUGUUGCAGUGUUUCAUCCUAAAUAUGGAAUUUCAAUCCAAGGAGAUUAUUCAGGAAGGGCUGAGUUCACAAAUCCAUCUUCAAAAGAUGCAACCAUUGUUAUCACUGAAGUCAGAUUUUCAGACUCUGGAAACUACAUCUGCAAAGUGGUUACCUUUCCGUUGGGAAAUUAUCAAGAAACAAGCACAGUGACUGUGAUUGUGGAACCCACAAUAACUGUGGGGGCUGGCCCUGAACCGCUUGUAGAUGGUGCCAAUGCAACAGUUGCAGCAGUAUGCACAGCAGCUAAUGGAAAACCUGAAGCAAUUGUUUCCUGGGAAAGUGAUCUUAUUGGAGAACAGGAGCUGACAAAAAUUUCUGCUCCAAAUGAAACCGUCACUGUUAUCAAUCGGUUCAAGAUCAUUCCGUCCCGAUUUGUGAGGAAGAGACCAAUUACCUGCAUAGUGAGCCAUCCGCCAUUGAAUUCCACUGUUCGGGUGCCGUAUGCCUUGGAUGUACAGUAUGCACCUGAAGUAACAAUGAUGGGGUACGAUGGAAACUGGUUUGUUGGAAGGAAAAAUGUGCAACUUAAAUGUAAAGCUGAUGCAAACCCAUCACCUUCUGCAUACAUAUGGAGCAGAUUCGAAGAACAGCUACCGGAGGAUUUGCAAAUUGAAAAUGAUACUCUAACUUUCAAUAGACCACUUAACUACAACGAUUCUGGUAUUUAUAUUUGUGAGGUUGUGAACAUUCAUGGACAUAGAAAAAAUCAAAAAGUUGUCCAGAUAAAAGAUCCGCCUACUACUACUCCAUUGUGUACAACUGCACCACUUAUUUAUUCAUUAGCAAGCGUAACAGGUUUGGAUGGUUUUACACCAAAGAUUCAGAUUCCACCAUCAACCCUGGCAUCUCUGAAGAUCGAUAACUUAGGAACAACGAUUGGAGGUGUGGUUGGUGGUACACUUCUUCUCAUGUUGGUUGUCAUUAUCAUUGUCAUGAUUUACUUGAGACGCCGGCGUACAUUUCGAGGGGACUAUUACACAAAGCAGUAUGCUGGAACUGCAGAUGUUCAGAAGGAUUCACAGAUGAGUGUCUUACCAUCAUGUCAAAUUGAGCCAUACAGGGAUUAUGAUAAGAUUGAACGGAACCUCACACCAAACAAUGUGUUCCAGAAUUAUCCCAUUGCAAUACAGAAACGUGAAUGGCAAAAUGAGGAUAGUAUAAAAAGCAGGUAUUCUGAAGGUGUGGAAAUACCCAAUGACUACUACGAAGACCAAAAAAUUUGCAAUGCAUCUCAGUGUGACUACUAUGAUGAAAACGAAGAUGACCUUGUCUCACAUUUGGAUGGUUCAAUAAUUUCUCGCCGGGAAUGGUAUGUCUAGUAAUGAUGGAUAUUGGAGUAGAAGAGGGUCUUCAAUUCAUUUGGGUAUUCUAGAUUGUCAUUUCUUGUGUGUGUAUUUUUCCACAAUAUUUUGGUAGGAUUCCUGUUUUCCUAAAGGAAGAACAAAAUGAGAUUUUUGUCAUGAAAACGAAGUAUAAUUUUGAACUAAAUUUGCACCCAGAGUAAGGUAAAAUAUUAUAACUGCACAGUUCUGUGGUGUUGCUUGGGUUGAAAGUAUGAACAGAAAAUAUUUAAAUGUUUUGAGCACUGAAUUCUGUGCUGUUAAGAUAUUGUAACUGUUUACAGUUCAUUUAAUUUGAGUUGAGGCUUUCAAAGUGACGAAGCAGUUACUGCCUUUCUGUUGACUACUGAUUUCACUACUCCUUCCAAAUAAGAUCCCAAUAAUCCCAAAUAAGGCUAGUGUUGAUUAAUAUUGUAUAUAAAAAAACAUAAUAAACUUUACCUAAAUGAAGUUGGUUGAAAAAGAAGCUGCUUCAAUAAUGUAAAGGUACUGUGGAAGUAUCACUUUUGAUCAGAUUUUUCACUUUAAGUCUUAAAUGUUUACAUUGUCCCAUCUUUUUUUUUAAACACAUUACAUUUUUUCAGGAAGUGCUUUUUGUUUUCUUGACUGUACAUUGAAGACUACUGAUUUUAUAUCAUCUGUUCAAAUGUUCAUUGGUUCCCCAAUCUCCAAAAUUGUGCUUUAUUUGUCUUUACAGGUUUUUCAGAUCUUGAAAUAAUUUUGUUUCUUUUAAAAAUAUAUAUUAAAGUUUGAGUGAUGACACUGUAAUUCACUUAAGCCACAAUAGCCAAAAAUAAAUUUUAAGUAAACUAUAUCCCUUGAAAAUUAAAAGUGAGUUUUGUGAUUGAAAAAGCUUCAAUGUACAGUCUUGAACUUUUCCCUUUUCACUGGAAAUACUUGGGUUCUGAAUUGCUGAUCAUCACUUGUUUAAAGAUGCAGGCAUGUUUGUGGAGUUGCUUUUUUCAUCUGCAUGUGAACAGAAACCAGCUUGUGAAAUGAGCUGUGGUGUACGGCUUCAGCUGGGCAAAAAUGUUCUGAUCAUUAUGUUGAUGUAUAUAAAUACUAAAGAGAUUUACUGUACAGUACUUUUUGUACCUUAUCUGUUUUAUAAAGUUAAUACAAUGUUGAUUUGAUUUGA